AUGGUGGCGGAUUUGGAAAAGCAUUGUAGGGAAACGUAUAAGGGGAGGCUCCGUUCCGAGUUCAAGGCUGUGAUGCCGCCAGUCCAUAAGAGGCAUUUGGCUGGCCUAGAUAGAGUCUUCUGCAUCCCGCAGCCUGUGGAGCCGAAGGCGUUCGAGGCGCAUAAGUUUCAAAGCGCUCUACUCCCGGAUGACCUUAAGGACAGGCAGUCUCGGGAUGCCUUCAUCUCGAGACUGAAGACAACCGUCCGCUGGCGCCAGUGUGAGGAUAAGGAGACAGGCGCACUGUACAAAGAGUCCAAUACCCGCAUCGUGCGCUGGUCCGAUGGCUCGGAGACCCUACACAUUGGCGCAGAGGCCUUUGAAUUGGUCAGUCAUCCUUCGCCCUUAGGGCAUGAUCACCUGUAUGUGCGCCAGAACAGCCACCAUUAUCUGAUAGGUCCGAUCAGGGAAAAUAUGAGACUGCAUUCCGACAUAGAGUCGAAGUUUGGCCAGACUCAUGUGCAGCCGGUCAGCAGCUGUGUGAGCACUAACCCGAUGCUUGAUCGCGACCGCAUGAUCAAAGAGGACCAGGCCCAGGAGCGCAGAGAAAAGUUCGAGAAGAUGCGUGAGCAAAAGAAUCAAUGCAAUCCGACUGUGAAGCCAACGCGACACUGUACAGCCGGCGACAGCAAUUCGGCUGCACUGGCCGCCAAUCAGGUUUCGAAACCAAAUGAUCAUGUAUUUCGUAAGCCUUUGCUUCCUCCGAUCAAGCGACCGGCAGGCGCUCGCAUUAAUCGCAACACCAACGUGAAUGUAAAGCAGAAUGAAGAGGACAUGGAUAACGAUGUGCAGGGGAAGGAAAAAGUCGGCCCAGGCAUUAAAAGAAAAUCAAAUGUGAAGCAAGUGCAGCCCAAGCCCAAGCGCAAGCAGCCACCAAAAGCCGUCCUUAAUGACUCUGAAUAA